GCAGACUACAUUGUGUGAUCAAUAUCGAUAUUGAUGAUAAAUUCACCAAGUUUAUGUACGUCACAACGGUAUGGUAUCUAAUUUAUAGUCACACCACACACACACGUUAUUUAAGUUUGCUUUUUUUAGUUUCUCAAUGGCAAAUGCUCGUGUUUUUGUUUUCUAAAGUAACAUUCAUGUACAAUGUAGCUAUAAUUCUUAUAGCCAGGAAAUGCUGAUUAUAAAACCACAAGAUGUCUAAAAAUUUUGAAGCUUUAUUACGUGGGCUUGAGUGCUUUUUCCGCUUUAUUGAAAAUUUAAUCAAGCAAACAUUUAGCGUGUGAACUUACUCAAAACUAUUCUCGCAUCUUAGAGAAUAUUUAAUCAAUUUCUAAGAAUAAUUAUAAGUCCAGGAACUCUGAUAGAAAUGGCAUUUCACAUCUUGUACCAGUUCUGUUUGUGGAGCGUCUUUUCAGAGCAGUUGUUUGCCGAAAAGGUCAUCCUCAAAUCAGCAAAAUGUGCCGAUUUAUUUGAACAAAGCAUUGAGCAUCCAAAUCACAGAACCACGUCGUGGUCAAGAAAUGUAAAUCAAACCAGUUGUUCUAUAUGCAAUUCAAGAGAUUCUGCAAAGUCAUUUCUUGUUUCGAAAUCUAUUUCAACAAAUGGUUUUGAUUUCUUACAAGUCGACAUAGAAAUGAAAACGGCAGAAUGUGCCGUCUGUAAGAACCAAGCAAUUCAAGUUUUUAUUAUGAACAGAAGUUUGUCAGGGAACCAACGUCGCGAGGCUUAUCAAAUUUUAGAUAAUUUGACAUUGAUUAAAAAUUUCCCAAACAAAGAGACGAAUAGACAGAAAAUCGAACAUUUUAAGUAUGAAGCAAAGGGGAAGAAAAAUUUGUCUAUUGUGUUACUCUCAGCCGGUAGUUGCACAACUAUUAAUAAAAUUACAAUAUCUUACUUUGUUUGUGAGAAAAAUACAAGUACAUUAUUGCACCUACCACGUACCGUUGCCCCAAGCAAUGGUACAUUACGUGUGAACCUCAGCUGUCCAUCAAACGCUUUGAGCCUUGGUGGUGAACAACCUUAUGGACUAUGUUCAAGCAAAGGAAAAUGGACAAAAUUGUCGCAGUGUAUUUGCAAAAAAGGAUACACAUUGAACUCAGCUGGUGUCUGCACUGGAUUACCAACACUGUCGCCGACUGUUACAUCAAAAAAGAAAACAAGCUCUUCUCCUAGUGGUAUCAUUUCUUCCAAAGAUACAUCGUCUGUUCACUUCGAUGUUGCAAUUGGUUUAAUUGUCGGAAUCUCUGCCUUUGUUUUGCUUUUUACUAUUGCCAUCGUCUGUCUCGUUUCCCAUUGUAAGUCGAAAAAAGCCAAAGAUAAUUCAAAGCUCGUCAAAUUCAUUAGAGCCAGCGACGAAGAUUUAGAUUAUGCUUUUAAAGAAUGAGAGUUUACGGGGCUUUUACAAUUAGAAAAGACUAUUUUUCGUUGACUUAAUUCGGUGACGCCAGAAAGGUGGAAGGUGGGCAUAUUCUCUUACCCAAUUAUGUUUUUAAAACUAUUUUCUUCGUUUGUACGACAAUAACCAUGACUGAUAUCAGAGCCAUUUUUUAGUUUUGCUUGUUUAAAGGAACACCUCUAAAUAGGGAUCCAUUUCUACAAGGAAAAAAGGGGUAGAGCAGAGCAAGUAUAAAAAAAACUUCCUAUUUGCUAAGACAAAUUAUCUCUUCCAAGUUAUACGAAGUGGAAGCUAAAUUUCGAAAGAAAUAAAUCAUAGAAAAAUUGAAUAUUAACACGAUCUUUGCGACGUGUACAAUAAUGUUCAAUACAUUGUUAAUUGAAGAAUUGUUAA